CCGAAGCCCAAUCCCUUCACAAUGGCACCAAUUGGCGACGACACCGUGCAAUCGCUGCAAGAGAUGGUCAACAAGCUUGAAUCGAGGGUCAAAGAGCUUGAAGACAAACUCAAGCAUACUUCGGAUGGAACGAAGCAUUCUCCAGAUGAAGGAGUAAGGAUGAUUCUGAUCGGUCCUCCUGGCGCUGGCAAGGGAACUCAGGCACCUAAUAUCAAACAACGCUUCUCUUGCUGCCAUUUGGCUACUGGAGACAUGCUUCGGUCACAAGUCGCAAAGAAGACACCAUUGGGACGGGAAGCCAAGAAGAUCAUGGACCAAGGUGGACUUGUCAGCGAUGAGAUCGUUAUUGGCAUGAUUAAGGCCGAGCUCGAGAACAAUGCUGAGUGCAAGGGAGGUUUCAUCCUCGAUGGUUUCCCUCGGACAGUUGUACAAGCAGAGCGAUUGGAUGAGAUGCUGGCGCAGCGUAAACAAGCAUUACAGCAUGCUAUUGAGCUUCAGAUCGAUGACGGUCUUCUCGUUUCGCGGAUAACAGGCCGCCUGGUACACCCAGCCUCUGGUCGGUCGUAUCACAAGGUGUUCAAUCCUCCUAAGGAGAACAUGAAGGAUGAUAUCACUGGUGAACCACUAGUACAGAGAUCAGACGACAAUGCCGACGCCUUGAAGAAGCGACUGGUAACAUAUCACCAACAAACCGCACCCGUUGUUGGUUAUUACCAGAAGACAGGUAUUUGGAAGGGAGUUGAUGCCAGCCAAGAACCUGGCCAGGUCUGGAAGAGCAUCCUCGGGAUCUUUGAGAAGGAGAAGAGCAAUGGUGGAAGUCUGCUGAACAAAAUCACUGGUCACUAA